ACCGAACUCUUUCGUCCCUGGUCACUUUCUGUGUCGUAUGAAUGCAAGGGUUUGAUGGAACAGAGCCAUAAGCUCAUGUCAAUGAAUUCGUUCAACUAUGCUACCAGUAAAUGCCUCUCCACAAGUCCUUAAAACUCCUUUCAAUGGCCUCCAAGCCCCCCUCGCAAGGCAUAUUCGUCUCGGACUAAGCCAUCAUUCAAUCAAAAACGUCGUCAGUCCGAAAAAUAUCAAAGCAAAUCAAUCCAUCGCGUCCUCCUACCGAGCGGGUAAUGUCAGGCAACUCAAGCAAGCGAAAGCCAAAGUUGACCCUUGGAAAAGGGCAACCUCAGAAGUGCUGCUUGAAAUGUCCAACCCCGGUCGGCAACCAUACAGCAAUAGGGGUAUCAACAACUCGAAGAAGAGUGAAACUUUUGUUGCAUCACGAGAACUCCGGUAAAUCCCUAAAUCAUCCAUCUUGAUCAUUUCCGUCUUGGAUCCUCCCUCGAGAAUGACGUUGCGAAAGAUCUCAUAAAUAU